CAGGGCGAUUGGAAGGCAGCGCCAAUCCUGCGCCUUUGUUUGAAUUCAGAAAUGGAAUUCUAACGCCAGCAUCAACAAAGUCAUCGCAUUUCGCGACAGACCUCAUACCACAACGCAGCGAUCAUAAAAUCGGCCCUUGCUCCCACUCCGCAGUCGCUUCAGUCUCCUGAGCUACCACACCAACCAGCUUGGCCCAUUUUUCGCACUCCACUCCACACCAGAAAACAAGUGACUCCGACGACAAGCGCACCGUCGACGGCCUCUCCCGACACCAACGACCGGCUCCCGUCGCGAUCCCCUGCCACCGCCCGAGCCAACUGCCGCCCACGCUAUCUCCCGUUUCUACCAGACACCACCGUCCAUCCCCUCUCGCGUUUGGUGAUUAAGCUUUGUUUGAUCGCCCAGCUCACGAGGCCGCGACUCUACGCCACAGCGUGUCCAUCGCUUGACCGCUACGUCGGGAAGGAUUACAUCCACGCCGAACCACCGCUUCUACCGACCGAUAGCCUACCCAGUUUAACCAUCAGCUUGACAAGAUGGCGGAGGCAGAGCCCGACUGGAACACGGUGCCGCUCACAGACCGGUGGGUGCACAAGUCCUGGAAGGCGCGCAAGCACGCAUACGAGGCCGCCGCAGCCCAGUUUGAAAAGACUGCCGACGAGUACGACCCCGCAUUCAAGCCGUUUCUUCUCGACACAAGCCUUCUCAAGGCAGCAGUACUCGACUCGAACGUGGCUGCCCAGCAGGAUGGUGUCGCUGCCCUGUGCGCAUUUUUGAAAUACGGCGGCCGGGAAAACUGCCUGCGCACACGAGCCCAUACCGUCACCCCUAUUUUGGAGAAAGGCCUUGUCUCGACAAGGCCACAGACCAAGGCAUUCUCGCUAGAGGCCCUGCUGCUCUACAUCGAGCUCGAUGUUCCCGGGCCUGUCAUCGAGGAGAUACUGCCCAUCUUGUCGGCCAAGCAACCCAAGGUCAUCGCGGCCGCCCUCGCCACCCUCACUCAGAUCUUCCACAACUAUGGCUGCAAGCUGGCCGAUCCGAAGCCUGUCCUGAAGGCUCUGCUCAAGGUAUUCGGCCACGCGGACAAGAAUGUGCGCGCAGAGGCAACAAACCUCACGGUCGAGCUGUUUAGGUGGCUGCGGGACGCCAUCAAGCCGAUGCUCUGGAGCGAGCUGAAGCCGGCACAACAGACGGACCUCGAAACCCAGUUCGAAAAGGUUCGCGAAGAGGCGACCCCCAAGCAAGAGAGACUGCUUAGGACACAACAAGAAGCCAAGGCCAGGGCACCCGCUGGCGGUGAUGAGGAGUAUGACGAUGCCGAUGACGGACCAGAAGAACCUGUCGAAGUCGAUGUUUUCGACCUAGCCGAGCCGCAGGAUAUUCUCAAGUCCGUCCCGGCCUCGUUUUAUGACCGCAUGGCAUCGCCCAAGUGGAGUGACAGAAAGGAGGCGGUUGAGGAGCUGUACGGCUUGCUGAAAGUGCCCCGCAUCAAAGACGGCGACUUCCACGAGAUAAACCGGGUGCUGGCCAAGUGCAUGAAGGAUGCAAACAUUGCUGUCGUCACGCAGGCCGCCAUAUGCAUCGAGGCUCUUGCCCAGGGACUACGAAAGGGGUACGGCAAGUACAGGGCGACUAUCAUGCAGCCCAUCCUAGAGAGGCUCAAGGAGAAGAAGGUCACCGUGACGGACGCUCUCGGCAAAGCACUUGAUCAGGUCUUUUUGGCCACCAGCCUGACGGACUGCCUCGAGGACAUCACGGCAUAUCUGGUGCACAAGAACCCGCAGGUGAAGGAGAACACCACCAAAUUCCUCGUUCGCUGCCUCAGAAACACAAGGGAGGUGCCCAGCAAGGCCGAGAUUCAGAGCAUGGUCCAGCUGGCCAAGAAGCUCCUCGCCGAGUCGACCGAGGGCCUGCGAGCCGGAGGUGCCGAGAUUUUGGGGACCAUCAUGAAGAUCAUUGGCGAGCGAGGUAUGAACCCCCACCUCGACGGUCUUGACGAGAUUCGCAAAACCAAGAUCAAGGAGUUCUUCGACAGUGCCGAGGUCAAGGCCAAGGAGCGGCCGAAGCCCAUAAUCGCCCCUCCGAAACCGGCCGCGGCCCCGCCAAGGAAGGUAAUGGGCGGAGCCAAGAAAGCUCCCGCGAAGAAGGCGGCGGCGGCGCCUCCCCCUCCUCCCAAAGAAGAGCCUCUGGCCCCCCAGCCAACACCCAGGGCUGCUGCCGGCAAGCUCGGGAUGCCCAAGGCGUCGGGGCUCGGUGGCCUGAAGGCACCCGGCAAGCGGGCGCUGGGAGGGCCCCCAGGAGCAGCAUCUCCCCGCCGACCCCCAUCCGCUGCGCCCCCGCCUACUUUCGACGACGAGCCCGAGUUCGAGCCCACCCCAAUCCAACAACCCAAGCUGGGUAUGGGUCGAGGUGGCCUAGCUGGUCGCUCUCUGGCCAAGCCAGGGACGCCUGCCCCGAUGGCGGCUCCCCCCUCUCCUGCGCCAUCGUCGGGUCUGAUGAUCCUGGAGCGUGCCGAGCUGGAAGAGCUGCGCGACGCCAACGAGAGGCUAACGCGAUUGGUUGAGGAGUCGAGGCACGAGCGCAGCAAGCUUCUGUCGGAGAUCCAAGAGCUCAAGAACCAGAACGCAGGGCUGAUCGAGGACCACACACGCGACGUUCUCAGCAUCAAGGCAAAGGAGACGCAGCUUGUGCGAGCGCGGAGCGAUGCCGAGGCGGCCGAGGGCACCAACGAGCGCCUGCGGCGGGAGCUGGAGCGUCUUAAGAAGGCGCUAAACAAGGCAGAGUCGCAUAUGCAGGCCCAGAACCACCACAUGGCUGAACUGCGGUCCAACAUGGGUAGCCCAGUUGGUAGUGUCUCUUCGCCCACACAUGACGAAGCCGGAAUCUACCGCGACGGCGGCGGCGGCAGCUUCUCCAACGGGAGUGCAAAUGGCCGUAACCGUAUCAGUUAUUCCAGUACGUUGAGUGAAGAAAAGGAGAAUGGCAGCGUUGGAGACAUGGCGCCACCGGCGCCCUACGGCGCUGGUGCUCGCAACAGCAAGUUGAGCCCCGACAUGAGGUACGGCAACGGGGGAGCGUCGAGCCCGGCUCGCGGCUUCCGCAGAGAUCCGGGGCCGCCCCCGGAGGAAGCCAUUCCCAUGCGUCCAACCUACUCGAGUGGCCACAGCAGCUAUUCAGCGGGAGGCGGCGGUGGAUCCGGCCCUGCCCCAGCCAACGGCGUCGAGAGCUGGAAGCGAGCGGCCGAGGUGACAAGCCAGCUCAAGGCCCGAAUUGAACAGAUGAAGGCAAAGCAAGGCUUCUCAAGACCAUAGGUCGACACGCUGUGCCGUAUGUAGACAUUGUAUCCUGGUGCUGGGAUUGAGGAUUAAGGGUACGGAAAGGGGGUCAUUAGAGGGAACGUUAGGGCAAACAGCGGCUUCAGGCUUCGUCUUUUGCAUUCUUUUGUUUGACAUGUGUUCCCUUUUUACUUUUUUCCCCAACACGCUUGCUUUUUUCACCGGUCUGUUGUUUCCGUCUUCGACUUAUUCGUGAUAUCCCCCUUCUCUUCUAUAUCUUCCCACCUUUGGGAUCUUUGUUCCAGCUCAUGACCCCUGUCUUCUCCCACCCCAUAUGCAUUUUCUAGGCGCCUCCCUCUCUGCAUAUCCUUCAUUGUUUUAACUCAUGUUCUCUUUGUUCCACACGUACUUGCGCAAGCAAUGUCGGUUGGUAUACCGUGCCCAGUCGUCUAUCUGGAUAUUCCUAAUGUAUCUUUUUUUCUUCCACCUGUUUCGUAUUGCCUGCUCGCCGUCCUUCCCUUGCGGGAACGUUCCCCUGGUUGAUAGAUCAUCCAUGGAUGGGUCAUUGCCAAUAGCUUGUGGGCAGCCGCUUAGGAUUCCGCUGCAAGAUAUUUACGUAUUAAUAGGCCGCUGUAAUUUUGGUUUCUGCA